AUGUCGACAAGCCGCCCUUCGACGUCGGCAUCGGCAGCUUCAGCUCAAUCCUCACCAGCAUCAAGAUCGCUAGUGGCAUCGCGGCAAGGAUCUUCCAGCCCACUCGCAUCGCAGGGUGAUGACAGCGACAAUCAAGGUCACGGAGUGCAGAUGAUUCUCCGAAUCAAACGUAAACGAAAUCAAGACCCUGUCGACGCACUCAUCAUCCAGCAGAAUCAACGUAGGAACAAGCGUCGGUCCAUGGUCUUGCCCAAUGACAGCAGAGAAGAGAACGAGACAUGCAAGAAUGCAGAUGCAAGUUGGGAAGCUAGUGAGGCUGCAAACAAGCAACGCGGCGUCUUUCGCCUAGCAGAGACGGUCUCGCUCGAAUCCUUCUCGGAUCCUGUAGCAGCACGAGAAUUGCACCAACGUAUCUCCGCCCUCAGCAGAGGAGGGAGCAGUGGCUCAGGACCAAGUAGAAAACCUUUGCACCCAUCAAAGCUCUCUCAGAGCGUCUCGUCUGCCAACAUGGGCCAGACAGCACAACACUCGCAUCGACCAGAGGUAUCAUCCUCCACUGGCAACGUGCAAGAUAGCAAUCUCCUCCCAACAUCACGGGCACACCGCUCGCUCGGCAACUCGGUCUCCUCCCUCAACGCAUCAGGCGAGCCAUGGCAGCCAGCAACACCUGCACAAAGGAUCAAAGCGCUGGCAUCAGAACAGAUUGAUCGAGACAAGGAGCGUCGAUCGCGCAGCAGUACACCGGUGGGAAUGCGGUUCAAAGUCAUCUCGAAAGACCAGACAGGAGGGAAAGGUUUGCGGCGAACAGGAAGCUCAGCAAGUCUGCGAAAGAUGAGGAGCAGUACUGCACCCAGUCGACCUUGGCACACUGCUGCACGACCACCCGAGAUUCGCUCGAAAAAGGAGAAGGAAGCAGAAGCUAUCUUUGGUAGGAUCAUUGAUGCGGAGACCGAGUCCAGCAGUGCCGGACGAGCAGCGGCUAGUAGGCAAGCAAAGUGGGGACAACAGGAGCAGCUAGAGGAGCAGGAUGCAGAAAUGGCAGGGUUAGACGCCAAAUUCGCAGAGAUGCUUGGCGACUAUUUGAGGAGUAACAACAUUGAACCUUGUCAAGACUUGCAUAAGAUUACCAAAGGGGCAUCUGAUGCAGCUGCUCACACUCGAGUACAGACAGAGGCAGGCGGGGCAGAGGAGGAUGCUGACAAAGGUGAUGAUGAAGACUACGUAUACGACGUAUACUACCGCGACAUGAUGCCCACUAAAGCAGGACCACAAGGAUCGGCAGAGACGGGACUCGAACCAGCUCAGGUGGCCGGGCGGGAGAAAGGCGCUUCUUCUGGCUACACUGCUGUACCGGAUUCAAUGGCGCUGCCGAGAGUGUUGGGUGGUGAAGUGGUGCCACCUGAGUCUGCUGCAUUGGCGCCGACUUGGUUCCCUGGUCUGGACUUUGCAGAGGCCAACGCGGUUGUUGCUCACCUAGAAGGGUUCGAGGAUAGCGACGAGGAACUCGAGCAGGCAGAGUUGAAAGAUUUUGAGAGCUUUGACGAAGGGGAAGACGAGGACAGCAACGACGAAGGAUUCUAUCGAAACGAUUACCCGGAGCAGGAGUUACCGGAGGGCGAUGAGGUAGACUUUGACUACGAUGACGAUCAAGAUGAGUUUGAUCGUGAUGAACAUGAUCAGUAUUCUUUAUCGGACGGCAGCUUCUAG